AUGGCGCCGGGGAUAUCAUACGAUGAAUCAGGUUCUUUGGCGAGUUACUUCGGUGUCACUUUCCUGGCCAUCGUGUUGAUACCUUGGACAUUGAGCGCUACGAGGACAAAAGAGAAGGAAACGCUCAAACCCCUCUGCCCAUGUCCAUCAUGCCGAAAUUCCCCUCGUCGUAUUCACUCAAUAAAAUCGACCAAACGUAAACGUCGUUUCCUCAAAAAGGCCAUCCCGCUAGCGAUUGGAUGGCUAUUAUUCGCAUAUUUGUGUUAUUCAUUAUCGCAAGCACCUAGAUUAGAAGGUGAAACGGUCUAUAACCCAUUUGAGAUUUUGGGAUUGAGCGAUAAGUCGAGUGAGAAGCAGAUUAAGAAACAUUACAAGAAAUUGAGUUUGCAAUUCCACCCAGAUAAAAUUAAACUCGCCGAAAACCAGACCAAGGAAGAUGCCGAGCAGAAAUUCGUGGAACUUACUAAAGCCUACAAAUCGUUGACUGACGAAGUAACGAGAGAAAACUUGGCCAAAUACGGUAAUCCGGAUGGCCCCCAACAACGUGAAGACAAAAUAGCUAUCCCCCAAUGGGUCGUAGAGGGUAAGAACAGUAUUUGGGUUUUGGGUGCUUAUGGAUUGGUCUUGGGAGGUGGUAUACCUUGGGUUGUUGGUCGAUGGUGGUUCGCCCAAAGGAAACUCACAAGAGAUGGAAUCCUAAAUCCCACAGCCGAAAUAUUCUUCCAUCAACUUCGUGAAGAUACAGAUUUCUUUUCUCUCAUCUCUCUAUUGGCGUCUGCUCUUGAAUUUACUGCGGUAUUAGGAGGUUCCAAGAAAAGAGGAAGUAAGAAGGAACGUAAAGAGAGACAAUCAAAGAUUGAUGAGUUGGAGAAAAUACUGGAUCAAAGAAAGAUCGAAAUGGGAAUAGAAGAGAACCCUUUGAUGAAGAAGGAGAAUAGAGUUGUUGUGACCACUGCUGUGGCUAAACGAGCCCGAGCUUUGCUCUGGGCGCAUCUGUUGAGAAUUGAUUUGAACGAUCAUCAGCUUGAAUCCGAAAAACUCGCUGUGCUUCGAGUCACUCCACCUCUUCUCAGUGCACUUCUCAAUAUCUCCCUUUCCCACAACUGGCUCACGACGUCGCUACUCUGUAUCAAACUUCAACCUGCUCUGGUCCAAGCUCUUCCAAUCGACGUAUCACCCUUGGCUCAAUUGCCAGGCGUCACUCCUGAGAAGGGCACUGAACUACAGAUCAUCAACAAAGCUGAAGGUGUCAGAUGGCUCGAGAAGUGGAUGAAGACGGAGAAGAAGGAUGUCAGUCCAGAGACUUUGGACGUAGCUAAAUAUUGGCCCAGACUGGAAGUUGUAGAUGCUGUUUUCAAAGUCGGCGACGAGAGCCUGGUAACGCCCAGCUCAAUCGUGGAACUUACCUUCAACUGUCGUUAUGUCUACCCUACCACACCGCUAUCUCUUUUAUCCAAAUCCAAGCCUCUACUACCCAAUGGCGAUAUCAAGGAGAAAGAGGAGGGUGGAGCUGCUGAUUCGGUUGCUGAUGUUGAAGAAUCAGUAACCAAGGUGGAGGAAGAGAAGGAGAAACCUACUCCUACUGAUGUAAAAGAAAAGAUCGUUGAGAAGGUACAGGAGAAAUCGGAGAUUGAAGGAGAGACAAAGAAGAAAGUGGAUGUACCACCUAAUGGAUUUGCUCAUGCUCCUUAUUGGCCCCAGCUUCGAAAACCUCAUUUCUACGUAUUGUUAGGUGAUUCCAAACUUAGUAAAGUCAUCGUUCCACCUAUCAAAAUCACCGAUAUCCCCUUCCCUAAACCCGAUGGAACACCUUCAGAACCAAAGGAAUACAAAUUACAGUUCCAAGCUCCGCCCGCAUCGAACCUGUAUUCCUUCGUGGCCCAUUGGAGGAGUGAUACGUUCUUAGGUGGGGAUGUACAAGUACCAAUCAUGUUGAAAGUUGAAGAUGCACCCGAAGUGACGGAAUCCCUAGAAGAAGAUUUCGAUGAUGAUAUAUCUGAACCUGAUGAAGAUACGUUGGCGGGUCAAAUGGCAAUGAUGAGAGGUGAAAAAGUGAAACCUUCAGGUGUACAUCAACAAGAUGAUGAUUCUGAAGAGGAGGAAGAGGAAGAUAGUUCGAGCGAUGAAGAAGGACCUAAGAAGAGGGUUAGAGCUUAUAAUGAAGAUAGUGAUACUGAUAGUGAUUAG